GCCCAUAAUGAAUGCGACAAGCGUCAUAGGUACCAGGCUUUUCUCUUGUAUGAAAUCCCACGUGACGUCAGGGCACUGCCCCGCCAUGAAGCUGAAACCCUUGGCAAGAGGUCCACACAGCUCAAAGCUCACCCGUGUCUGGAGGCUUUGCACACUAACACCUACACUGUCUACAUCUCUUUCAAUUACGAUAGCACACACGAUGCCGUCGGGGUUCACAUUCAGCAACAUUUGGCUGCCAUGCCUUCUCCUUCUUGUGUUCUGGGCUCGUCCUACCCACGCCUUCGGUGCUGGUAACAUUGCCAGCCUGAGUUCCAUUGAGGGGCAGAACUGGCGCCAUGGUGACAUCGAAGACACAUUGCUUACCUUGCUGAUCUCCACCCGUACCGGUAAAAAAUUCAGCAAGAUGGACGUCAAGCGAGUCUACUUUGGCAACUGGCUGCGCGACUACUCACAGGCCGUCGAUGUGGGCACCGUCAAGAUGGUGUCUGCUGAGGCCAUCCGCAUUUUGCUCUGGGUGCUGGGCUUCCUGAGCUUUGGCUAUGGUACGAAAGAGUUUGAGGUUACGAGGGACAGACUGGGCUGCUACCGUCCCGAGGAGCACAUUGAUAACCCCAAGGACUACGCCGACAAUCUCGAUGCCCGCGACUACGACCGCCGUCUCCGAGGACCUGUCGACGAGCGCCGCGAAUUGAGCGUUGAUGAGCGCACCGGCCUCAAGAACUACAUUGCGUCUGAGGAUCUGGGUAUCACAACGUCAGCGGGCAUGGUCCGCGACCUGCUGAGGCGCUGCAUUGAUCUCGGUCAGCGCUCUGGUGGACGCGGAGCUGACUUCCACGAGGCUCUCCGCCUGCUCGGUACUGCAACUCACUGUUUGGAAGACUACUCGGCACACUCAAACUACACUGAGCUGGCUUUGAUCGAAAUGGGCGAGCGCGACAUCUUUCCUCACGUUGGUCGCAACGCUCGCGUCCAGGUCCGCGAGGCCCGCAAGGAGGUUUACCCUAUCGUUACUGGUACCUUUGGUGGUGUCGACUUCCUGCACUCCGUGUGCGGCGAGAUCACCGACAAGACUACGCAGUCUGAGCUGCAGGAGCUCCAGAGUGCCAUCACCAACGCCGACAGGACAAAGAACAAGAGCAAGAUCAAGGACCUGCUGAGCCAGCUUCCUGACGGCAUUUUUGGUGGUAAAGACCAGGCUAAUAAGGCAGACGAGCUCGAGGAGAACGCCAACGCUGCCGCUAUUGGCAACUUGCACGUCACCCCCAAGGAGCCUGAGGCCUUCACCCAGCAGGUGGGUGAGAUGGUCAAGCAGAUCUACCCCAUCAUGGAGUUCCAUGAUGAGAUCAUGCAAUCCAUUUCCGCGUUCGUUGAGAAGAUUCCCGUCCUUCCUGAUCUCAUCGAACAGGUUCAGGACCAGGUCUCCAUCUUCGUUUUCAGCCUGCUCGCUCCCUACGUCCUUCCCAUCCUUGACCAGGUCAAGACUGAGCUAGAGGAGGGUUCAUCCGAGGUCAUCGCCAGUUCUCGUGAGAAGCAGCACAUCGUCUUCAACGAUGACGAGUCGACCGACCCAACCCACUCCAUGUUGUCCAAGGACCACUUCUCUAACCUCCUGAAUGAGCCUGCUGGAAAGAUCGCCUCCGCCGUCCUCAGUUGGGCCGUGCCACAGAUUGUCGAGUGCUGGGAUGGGCAGGCCGACCCUGAGGAGACCAUCAGCCGCAUUAUCGAUGGCGUCUUCCACCAUCCUGCUUGCCUGCAUGGAAACGUUCGUGGCUCCGACCAGUGCCGCAACAUCAUGUAUGGCACUGUAAAGAGCUGGUGGGACAGCAACUCUGAGCGCAGCAAAGAUGAAUUGCGUCAGAAGCUCAGCCGCCGUGGUGUACAGAACGGCGACAACCACAAGCCUGGCGUUGAGGACAAGGGUCACGGCUGCGGCAAGCCUCUCGGUAUGGCCAACGACUUCGGCAACGUUAAAGGCGGCAAGGGUCCCAGCCAGGUCCCUAUCCAGCAAGCCACUGAUCACGUUGCUAAGCUUGCCAGCGAAGCUGCUGGGGGUGGUGCUCUUGGCGGCCUCGUCGGUGGUCUCGUUGCCGGUGUUGGCGGCUCCCUCCUCGGCGAUGCUUUCGGUGGCAACGAGAAAAAGACCAGCAGCAACCAGAGCUACGGCCAGGACGGAUCCUACACGCAGUCUUACUCCGAGUCUGGACACCACGAGAAGCAAUCGUACGGCGACUCCGAGCGUUACGGUCAAGCUCAAUACCAGCAGACGCAAUACUCUGAUGGUGGACGCAGGGAGGAGUACCGCCGCCAGGAACAGGAUCAGCAGGGCAGAUCUUACGGCUACCAGCAGAAGGUCGAGACCUCCAGCUACAGCGGCGGUGGUGGCUACGAGCGUCGUGAGGAGCGCCGUGUGCAGAGUGGCAACGAGUGGCAGUCUGAGGAGCGCCGCGAAGGCUUCGACCGCGAGGGCAAAUACUACAACGAGGAGAAAGAGCGACGCGGUAAGUCCCACAAAUCCAAGAAAGAUGACUCCGACGAUGACGACGAUUCCGGUGGCGAAGACUCGUACGAGAAGCGCCAGAAAAAAGAGCGCAAGAGGCGCGAGAAGGAGGAGAAAAAGCGUAACAAGAAGAAAUACGGUAGUGGCGGCGAAGACUCGGAUGGCGAUGCUGACAAGCGUCGUUCAGGUUCUGGCGAGUACAGGCGCCGCUCGCGAUCUCGCGAGCAGGAGCACAGGCGCAAGAAGAGCAAGAGCCCGUCUCCGAAGCGCCACUCCGGAGGCUACAGUCAGUCACAUGAUGUUGGUGGCUACGGACAGGAGCGCAGGUAUGGUGAGGAGAGCCAAGGCGGAUUCGGUGGCCGUCCUGAAAGCCCUGGUUAUGGCCGCCCGCAGGAACCACCUGGCUACGGCCGUCAAGAGUCCUCGGGCUAUGGAGGCGACUCUGGCGGCUUCCGUGGAGGACGUCGCGGCGAAGAGUCCUUCGGUGAGGACAGAAUGCCCGGUGGCUUCGGUGGUGACGAUGAGCCUCGUCAGCGGGGAUUCGGCGGAGAGCCCCCCCACGGCCGCCGCGAGGAUGACGACGAGUACGGUCGCAGGCAGGAAGGCGGCUAUGGUCAGCAGCAGGGCGGCUACGGCGGUGGUGGCUACGGAGAGGAGAGCUAUGACCGCAGGUACUAGAGCAUGAGCGUUGGUGUUGUGCACUGCGCUUGAGUGUUCUGGAGCACCUCAAUAGUGUAGGCUCCCGAUGGCGUCACACGUCCCACCCUUUACAAUGAAUGAGAACCUUGGUAGAUAUCUCACCUAUACAAUUCUAAUCAUAUAGCUUCAUCUUCC